UUUUCAUAUACACUCAUUCUCCUUGCCGUCACAAAGCAGGGUUAAUAAGAAAACAGAAAACCCUUCUUUCAGUGAGAGAGAGAGAGAGAGAGAGAAUGAAGUUCAAUCCAAGGGUUUCUAGUAGCCGGCGCAAGAGCCGCAAGGCACAUUUCACGGCGCCGUCGAGCGUCCGCCGUGUGCUGAUGAGCGCGCCGCUGUCAAGCGACCUGCGUUCGAAGUACAACGUGAGGUCGUUGCCGGUUCGGAAAGAGGACGAGGUGCAGGUGGUGAGAGGAACCUACAAGGGACGCGAAGGGAAAGUGGUUCAGGUUUAUCGCCGCAAGUGGGUCAUCCACAUCGAGCGUAUUACCCGUGAGAAGGUUAACGGGUCAACGGUCAACGUCGGGAUCCACCCUUCCAAAGUUGUGAUCACCAAGAUCCGAAUGGAUAAGGACCGCAAGUCCUUGCUCGAUCGCAAGGCUAAGGGUCGUGCCGCCGCCGACAAAGAAAAGGGAACCAAGUUCGCUCCCGAAGAUAUCAUGCAGACCGUCGAUUAGUUGCCCUAGGUAUUGGGUUCAAAAUCUUGUGGGAGGCGAAAGAAAUACCCUUCGGGGGCUGGGGGUGCGGUUAUAUAGUCCUUUGGCACUUACUUUGGCACGUGAGUUGGGCUGUAUGCCCCUUGUUUGGAGUCUAUUGGAAUAUAAGUUAUU